GUCGACUGUGUGAUUUGGGCCUUUCACGUCUCGUGUCAGCCAAAAUCCCCAGUUGCCCAGCCUCUCUUGGCCUUGCCCAGCGCGUGAAUCUCCAGACUCCGCCUUUCUUCUCCUCACAGACGACAUGGCCAACUCUUUGCGCUCUACCGGGGGGACGACCGGAUCCGCGGAGACUCUACGUUCUCUCAAUGCCGUGGUGUUUGUGUAGGUGGAGGGCCAGCGAGAAAUUAUAAAAACUCGGGCCCUUUGAUCUCGACCUGAGGGAAGGGCUCCAUUUCUUGCCCGACAGACUUGCGCUUCCAGGCUCUGCGUUUGGAAAAAUCCAAGAUCCACGACAUCCACAUAGCAAUUGCUUUCUGACCACGACCACGGAAUACCCUGCCGACCGCCACUAUGGGCACCUCCCUUCUACAAAAGAUUGUCAAGAACGAUGCGAUGAAAGAGGACCCCCCCGAGAUCUACGGAUGGAGGGCUUAUGCUCUCGCGUGUUCUGCCUGCUUUGGUGGCCUCAUCUUCGGUAUCGACACCGGUGUCAUUGGCGGUGUACUCCGUAUGGAGGAGUUUCAAGAGCUCUACAAUCUCACACAUCUGUCCUCCGUCGACCGUGCUAACCUCAGUGCCAACAUUGUCUCUACUCUGCAAGCUGGUUGUUUCGUUGGUGCUCUCCUUGCAGCACAAGCUGCCGAUAGAUACGGUCGUCGUCCUGUCCUUAUUUGGGCCGCUGGUGGUAUCUCCGUAAUCGGCGUUGUUCUUCAGGCUGCUGCUUCUGGUCACUUGGCGGCUAUGUAUGUCGGCAGAUUCAUUUCCGGAUUCGGUACUGGCUUCGCUUCCAUGGUCAACCCCCUUUACGUCGCUGAAAACGCCCCUCGAGCUAUCCGCGGUGGUCUCACUGGCAUCUAUCAACUGUUCAUCGUCUUUGGCAUUUUCCUGAGCUACUGGAUCAAUUUCGCCUGUCAACAGCACGUCAGAGGCACCGCUCGCUACAUGAUUCCUCUCGUCAUUCAGGGCAUCCCCCCACUUCUCCUCAUGAUCUCCAUGUUUCUCUGCAACGAGUCACCUCGCCACCUCGCCAAGCAGGACAAGUGGGAGGAGGCUCUCAACGUCCUUUCCGGCAUCCGCGCUUUGCCUCCUGACCAUCCUUACGUGGCUGCCGAGUUCGCCGAGAUCAGGGCUGCCAUCGAAGAAGAAAACGCAAUUCUCAACGGUGCCACCUGGAUGAGCCUGCAAAGAGAGAUGUGGCUCGUCCCUUCCAACCGCAAGCGGGCCAUCAUUUCAAUUUUGCUCAUGUUCUUCCAGCAAAUGACUGGUACCAACGCGAUCAACUACUAUGCCCCUCAAAUCUUUGCCAGUCUUGGAGUCCGAGGCACCCAGAACGAGCUCUUUGCUACCGGUAUCUACGGCCUAGUAAAGCUCAUCGCAGUCGCUGUCUUCCUCGUUUUUGUCGCCGACUCUCUCGGUCGCCGCAAAUCCCUUCUUUGGACAGGCAUAGGCCAGGGCUCGACCAUGCUCUACAUUGGCAUCUUCAUCGCAGUGGCGAGGCCUCAAGAUUCGGAAGAUGCCCAGGUGACUGCUGCUGGCUACAUUGCUCUCAUUUGCGUUUUCCUAUUCGCCUGCAUGUUCCAAUUUGGCUGGGGCCCUUGCUGUUGGAUCUACGUUUCCGAGAUUGCCACCACUCGUCUGCGUGCCACCAACGUCUCCUUCGCCGCUGCGACACAAUGGCUAUUCAACUUCGUCAUCUCCAGGUCUGUCCCUCCGAUGCUGGAGACUCUGGGUACAGGCGGCUACGGUACCUACAUCUUCUUCUGCGUCUGGUGUUUUUCCAUGACCAUCUUCGUCUGGUUCUUCAUCCCCGAGACCAAAGGUCUUUCGUUGGAAGGCAUGAACGACCUUUUUGGUUUCAAGGACGAUGUUAAACAUAAGCAUGCCGACAUUGAGAGCUCUUCGGUGAACAUGGAGAAGUCAAACGGCAACGUCACUCAGCUCGAGGACACAGUCAGCCCGCCAGCCAAGUCUUAGCUGAGUUAUUCGUCAUCGUGAAGCGAAGAAGCGAUCUCUCCGAGCUCUCAAAUAUUCCGGAAUGCGGUUUCAACAAGACAAUCAGAGAAUAUGUUUUCCACUGAGUGUCUGCAUGCACAAAGGUCAAGUUACAGGGUUAGCAUAUUCAGAUCAAAGACAGCCUGGAACCAACGCGUUUAACACUU